AUGUCGCGUCGAGUAACUAGAUCGCGCCAACACCGUCCUCAGGUUACUGCAGAACCGGCUCCGGCGCCAGAACCGGUACCGACAACCGAACCGGACCAGCAACCACCUUCUGAUGACGAAAAAUCGACGGAAUGGCGUCCCUCCCGUCCAGCAUCACCGCCUCAGAGACAAGAUGACAUCUCCGAAGGUUCGGAAGUCACGGCUCGCCCGGUUAGACCGGAACCGGCGAGCCGCUAUGCAAACCUUAACUAUUGGAAGGCGAGAAGGGUGACUUUUUACAGAAAUGGAGAUCCAUUCCAUCCCGGAGUCGAAUUUAGAUUUAAAUUGGGCCGUGACUUGGUAUCUAUGGACGCGUUACUCGAUAGAUUGUCAGAGAGGUUGGAACUACCCAGAGGAGCGAGAUUCAUCUUCGGAAUGGAUGGGGAUAGGAAGUAUAGACUUGAAGAAUUGGAGGACGGCGCGUCAUACGUCGUAUCUUCGUAUAAGACUUUUAAGGCUGCUAGUUACGGCAAGAAAAACGGUAUGUGGUACGGCGGGACGGCGACCGGGACGAGCGGGUGGUCCCGCGCUGGCACACGCAAGCAAUCCGUCGCUGAAUCUGACGCUCCUCCGCCUGGCGGUGGCAAGUCUACUAGCGGAAGAGUAAUUAGGAUCAUAAACAACAUGGAUCAUUCUAUUCAGUGUCGUGUUUUGCUCAAUCUACGCACGACACAACCAUUUGAAGAAGUUUUAGAAGAUUUAGGGCAAGUUUUGAAAAUGAGCGGAGCAAAACGAAUGUAUACAAUUAGUGGACAAGAGGUUCGAAGUUUUUCUCAGCUACGCAAUGAAUUCGCCGACGUAGAGACAUUUUAUUUAGGUACCGCAAUGGUACCACCGGCUCUAAGUCCAGGAAUAAGUGCUCCCCUGCCAAUAGAAUCGCCGAUACGAAGAUCACGUUCAAGAGGGAAUGUAGCAGCGCUGCCAGUGUCAGAGGACACGCGAGGGCGGCGAGCGAGGAGCAAAAGUCGUCCAAGAGUCCUUUAUGCGCCAGAGGGAGAAAUUAUCCGCAACUCAGAUUACACACUUCUAGAAGUAUUGAAAGAAGAACCAAUCAGGGUGACGAUUCGUGGAUUGCGACGAACUUUCUAUCCGCCUAUCCAUCACGCGCCGAUCGACAAUACGCCACCGGAAAAGAAAAUGCAACUCGAUUGGGUGUACGGCUACCGUGGGGCAGAUUCUCGACGCAAUUUAUGGGUCUUACCGACCGGAGAGCUAUUGUACUACGUCGCUGCGGUCGCAGUUAUGUACGACCGAGACGAAGAAUCUCAGAGACAUUACAUUGGACAUACUGAAGAUAUACAAUGUAUGGAACUCCAUCCGUCGCGGGAGUUAGUAGCAAGUGGGCAGCGCGCAGGUCGCGGUCGGCGUGCUCAAGCGCAUGUGCGUAUCUGGAGCACGGACACGCUGCAGACGUUGCACGUGUUCGGGAUGGCGGAGUUUGAGGCUGGCGUGUCAGCUGUGGCAUUCUCACAAUUGAACGGUGGUAGCUACGUUUUAGCUGUAGACGCUGGCCGUGAAAGUAUUUUAUCAGUUUGGCAGUGGCAAUGGGGACAUUUACUUGGCAAAGUUGCGACACUACAAGAGGAACUGACUGGAGCCGCUUUUCAUCCUCUCGAUGACAAUUUACUGAUUACACACGGCAAAGGACACUUAGCGUUUUGGAACAGGCGAAAAGAUGGAUUUUUUGAACGAACGGACAUUAUAAAACCGCCUGCUCGCACACAAGUUACGGCUUUACAGUUCGAACAAGACGGUGAUGUAGUGACCGCUGACAGUGACGGAUUUAUAACUAUUUAUAGCGUUGAUAGUGAUGGAGCUUAUUUCGUUCGGAUGGAGUUUGAGGCACAUAUAAAAGGCAUUAGUUCGUUAGUAAUGCUAUCAGAAGGUACUUUAAUUUCGGGCGGGGAAAAGGACAGAAAAAUUGCGGCUUGGGAUUCCUUGCAAAAUUAUAAAAGGAUAACGGAAACAAAGUUACCUGAAUCAGCUGGUGGAAUUCGCAGUAUUUACCCACAAAGACCUGGAAGAAACGACGGUAAUUUGUACAUAGGUACAACUAAGAACAAUAUAAUGGAAGGUUCUUUACAGCGACGAUUCAACCAAGUAAUAUUUGGGCACCAUAAGCAUCUAAUGGGAGUAGCUGUUCAUCCUGAUGAUGAAAUGUUUGCAACUGCUGGUCAUGACAAAAACAUCGCUCUUUGGAAAGGCCACAAAUUGAUAUUUGCUACACAGGUCGGAUAUGAAUGCGUAUCCUUAGCGUGGCAUUCUGGAGGUGGUGCUCUAGCUGCAGGUAGUACAGAGGGGCAUUUAGUAAUAUUAAAUGCUGAGGCUGGUGCUCACGUUGCCACUUUAAGAGUAUGUGGCUCGCCAUUAAAUUGUUUACAAUAUAAUUCAGCUGGGGAUUUACUUGCAAUUGGAUCACAAAAUGGAAGCAUAUAUUUGUUUCGAGUAUCACGUGAUGGUUUUUCUUAUAAGAAAUCGAAUAAAAUUCGAGGUGCUCAACCAUUGGUCCAACUAGAUUGGAGUCUCGAUGGAAGUUACUUGCAAACUGUUACUGCUGAUUAUGAUCUGUCUUUCUGGGACAUAAAAGCCUUGUCACCAGAGAAAAGCCCUAUAGCAAUGAAAGAUGUAAAAUGGUCUACUUAUAAUUCAACAGUUGGAUUUUUAGUUUCAGGCAUGUGGAAUAACCGCUUUUAUCCUAUGACAUCAUUGAUAACGACUGCUAGUCGUUCUUCUGCCAAUGAUCUUCUUAUAAGUGGUGAUUCUGAUGGAUAUUUACGCCUAUUUAGGUAUCCAUGUGCCAGUCCAAAGGCAGAAUACAAUGAAGCAAAGGUGUACUCGGGAUCAGUUUAUUCUGCCCGAUUUCUUUUUAACGAUCGUUGCAUGGUAACUUCCGGUGGAUCUGAUGCUGCUCUAAUGCUGUGGGAGUUAGUGGAUGAUUAGCAGCGAGCGGCGCCGGGGCUGCGACCACCGGCUGUCAUUGUGGCGCCCCCUACACCCUCCCCUCCGCCCCCCGCGCUGACUAAGUACACUACGUUCCGAGUUCUGAAUUUCGAAGAGCUAGAUUGAACGGAAUAGUGGUUUCAGGAGGAUAUUUCUAUUUGAUAAUACAGUUAGAUAAUUCUGACGAGAACGUAUGAAAUGCAUGAAAGACGUAUUUUGUCAUUUCAUAUUUUGACUAAGGAAGGAAUAACUGUGGUAAAAUAGCAAAAAAAUUGCGACAGAUUCGUUACAAUUAAAAGAAAAAAUAUUUUGAAACAUACUUUGCGUCAUAUCACACACUGCCAUUUUAAAAUGCAUGAAUAAAAAAUAAAAACAUGCAUCGAAAUUAACACAUAGAAUUUAUUCAAUAUAAUUGGCUUUUAGAUAUUUGAGACAUUUCUUGUCAUGGACAAAACUUAGUAGCUAUUAGAGAUUCGAAAGUACUUUUAAAUUAAAAAAUAAUGUUUUAACAAAAUUUAAUAUAUAUGUCUUCUAAUACCUAAUAAUCAACGAUUGGCUCUAAAUUAUAAGCUUAUUAACAAUUUAAAAUAAAAUAUUGUUAAAAAAAAUAAUAUAAAUGAAUUUUCCAUAAAAAUUGAUAAGUAUGUAAUAUGAUAGAGGCACAAUUUCGAUUAUAAACUUCCCAUAAAAGGGAUUUGAUACUGUUUACACGUUUGCACAAUUAUUUUAUACAGCAAUGUUUGUGGCGGGCCACUUUCAUCUGUAAUAGGUCAAGUUCAAUUUGAAACCGACUAAUAUACACAUUAUAUUAAGUGUUUUCUACUGUCACAAUCACGUGUUACAUUUUUGUACGUAAAGUCCUGAACAGAUAUGUAGGCA